AUGAAUCCAACAAACAAUUUGACUACCAGUACUUCGAAUGAUAUGAUUACUGAGGAGCCUCGUGCUCCUCAUGUUCCUCGUUUGACUAGAAGACUGACGGGGUUUUUGCCCCAGGAAAUUAAAUCUAUCGAUACUAUCAUCCCAUUGCAAUCCAGAAAGACUUGGAGUAAGCAUCAGGUCAAAAAGUUUGGUGAUAAUGAUGGUUUUGAACAAAGGUUUAUCGGUCACGUGGAAACUACACUGGGUCGCUCACUUUACAAUUGUGAUGACUUGGCUGCUUAUGAGGCCACUUCCUUGAGUGUCCGUGACAAUUUAAUCAUUGAUUGGAAUAGUACCCAGCAGAGAAUCACUGCUCGGGACCCAAAGCGUGUUUAUUACCUGUCUUUAGAAUUCUUGAUGGGAAGAGCGCUGGACAAUGCGCUGAUUAACAUGGAUGUGGAAAAAUCUAAUGGUAAGGGUAGUGAGAAUUCCAGGGGAUUGGUAAAGGAUUCUUUAGAUCAGUUGGGGUUCCGUUUGGAAGAUGUGUUGCAAAAGGAACCGGAUGCAGCUUUAGGAAAUGGUGGCCUAGGUAGAUUGGCAGCUUGUUUUGUCGAUUCUAUGGCUACCCAGGAUAUUCCAGCCUGGGGUUAUGGUUUACGUUAUGAGUAUGGUAUUUUUGCUCAAAAAAUUAUUGAUGGUUAUCAAGUGGAGACUCCUGAUUACUGGUUGAAAUACGGUGAUCCAUGGGAGAUUGAACGUACUGAGAUUCAGGUGCCAGUGACAUUUUACGGGUACGUUGAGAGACAGAAUGGGGACACAACCACGCUUUCACCAUCUGAGUGGAUCGGCGGUGAGAGAGUGCUAGCAAUGGCAUACGAUUUCCCCGUGCCUGGUUACAAGACUUCCACUGUUAACAAUUUGAGAUUGUGGAAGGCAAAACCUACCACCGAGUUUGAUUUUGCCAAGUUCAACAGCGGUGACUAUAAGAAUUCUGUUGAUCAGCAACAACGUGCUGAGUCUAUCACUGCUGUUCUUUACCCAAAUGACAAUUUCAAUCAAGGUAAGGAGCUAAGAUUGAAACAGCAGUAUUUCUGGUGUGCUGCUUCCCUACAUGACAUUAUCAGAAGAUUCAAAAAGAGUCAAAAACCUUGGUCUGAGUUCCCAGAUCAAGUCGCCAUCCAAUUAAACGACACGCACCCAACCUUGGCUGUCGUCGAAUUGCAAAGAGUUUUGGUAGAUUUGGAAAAAUUGGACUGGCACAAGGCUUGGGAUAUUGUCACAAAGACAUUCGCCUACACCAACCACACCGUCAUGCAGGAAGCUCUCGAAAAGUGGCCAGUCGGAUUGUUCGGUCGCUUGUUGCCAAGACAUUUGGAAAUUAUCUACGACAUCAAUUGGUUUUUCUUGCAAUCAGUUGAAAAGAAGUUUCCAAAGGAUUUGGGACUUCUAGGACGUGUGUCAAUCAUCGAGGAGGCCUCCCCCGAAAGACAAAUUAGAAUGGCUUAUCUGGCAAUCGUUGGGUCUCAUAAGGUCAAUGGUGUUGCAGAAUUGCACUCUGAAUUGAUUAAGACUACAAUUUUCCAGGACUUCGUGAGGGUGUACGGUGAGAAGAAAUUCACUAAUGUCACUAACGGUAUCACCCCAAGAAGAUGGCUAAAGCAAGCCAACCCUAAGCUAGCCGGAUUGAUUGCCGAAGCUAUCAAUGAUCCAGAAGAAACUUUCUUGCUGGACAUGUCCAAGUUAACAGCUUUAACAAAGGUUUCUGAUGAUCCUGUCUUCCAGGAGAAGUGGGAUAAAGUGAAAGCUGCGAAUAAGCUUCAAUUGGCAGAUUUGAUCAAGGCAGGUAAUGAUGGUGUUGACAUCAUCGACAGAGAUCACAUCAAAAAUACUUUGUUUGACAUUCAAGUCAAGCGUAUUCACGAGUAUAAACGUCAACAAAUGAAUAUCUUUGGUGUGAUUUAUCGUUAUCUCGCAAUGAAAAAGAUGUUGAAGGAUGGUGCUUCCAUUGAAGAGGUCGCCAAGAAGUACCCUCGUAAGGCUUCUAUCUUUGGCGGUAAGAGUGCCCCUGGUUACUACAUGGCUAAACUAGUGAUCAAACUAGUCAAUGCUGUUGCAGAGGUAGUGAACAACGAUAAGGAGAUUCAAGAUUUGUUGAAGGUUGUCUUUAUUGCCGAUUAUAACGUUUCAAAGGCAGAAAUCAUCAUUCCAGCAAGUGAUUUGAGUGAACACAUUUCUACAGCUGGUACAGAAGCUUCUGGUACUUCCAACAUGAAGUUUGUUAUGAAUGGUGGUUUGAUCAUCGGUACAGUUGAUGGUGCCAACGUUGAAAUCACCAGAGAGAUCGGAGAAGACAACAUUUUCCUGUUCGGUAACUUGAGUGAAAAUGUUGAUGAGUUGAGAUACAACCAUCGUUUCCAAAAAGUUGAUCUCCCCACUGAAUUGGACAUUGUUCUCAAGUACAUUGAGAGCGGCAAGUUCUGCACUGAUAAUCCAAAUGAGUUCAAGCCUUUAACUGAUAGUAUCAAGCACCAUGGAGACUACUACCUGGUUAGUGACGAUUUCGAAUCAUAUACCGCCACUCAAGAGUUGGUGGAUGAAGUCUACCACGGCCAAAAGCAGCAGUGGUUGAAGAAAUCUAUUGAAAGUGUUGCCAAUGUUGGUUUCUUUAGCAGUGAUCGUUGUAUUGACGAGUAUUCUGAAACCAUCUGGAACGUUGAACCUGUUAAGCCAGAAGAGUAA